UAAAAGGGCAGAGAAACUCAUGUAAUGUAACCACACACACUACUAAAAUACAACUUUGUAACAUAUCAUUUGAGAGAGAGGAAAAAUGAGCCUUGAAGGGAAGUUGGUUUCUGAGAUAAACAUCAAGUCAGAUGGAGAUGUGUUUCAUGAGAUUUUUAGGUAUAGACCACACCAUAUUUUUAGUAUGUGUUCUGAUAAAAUACAGAAUGUGGACAUUCAUGAAGGUGAAUGGGGUACUAUUGGCUCUGUCAUAGUUUGGAAUUUCACCCAUGAUGGGAAAGAGAAAGUAGCAAAGGAGGUCAUUGAGGAAAUAGAUGAAGAAAAGAAGUUAGUCAAAUUCAAAGUGAUUGGAGGAGAUAUAUUGGAAGCUUACAAAUCAUUUUACCUUACUGUCCAUGUUGAAACAAAGGGUGAAGACAAUUUGGUUAGUUGGAUUUUGGAAUAUGAGAAGUUGAAUCCUGAUGUAGCAGAUCCACACACAUUAAUGGAUUUCUGUCUCAAUGUUACAAAGGAUAUUGAGAAAUAUCACCUAACUGGGAAGUUAGUUUCUGAGAUAAAUAUUAAGUCUGAUGGGGAUGUGUUUCAUGAAAUAUUUAGGUACAGACCACAUCAUAUCUCAAGUAUGUCUCCUGAUAAGAUACAAAAUGUGGACAUUCAUGAAGGUGAAUGGGGUACUGUUGGCUCUGUUAUCUUUUGGAACUUUACCCAUGAUGGGAAAGAGAAAGUUGCAAAGGAAAUAAUUGAAGAAAUAGAUGAAGAAAAGAAGCUAGUUAAAUUCAAGGUGAUUGGUGGAGAUAUAUUGGAGGCGUACAAUUCAUUUUACCUCACUGUUCAUGUUGAAACAAAGGGUGAAGACAACUUAGUUACUUGGAUUUUGGAAUAUGAAAAAAAGCAUGCAAAUGUGCUAGAUCCACACACUUUAAUGGAUUUCUGCCUCGAUGUCACCAAAGAUAUUGAGACUCACCAUCUCAAGUGAUACAUAACAUAUGUGCCUUGGAUCCUUCGAAAAUGUUGAUGAGUGUGUGUUGAAUCCUAUAAAAAUAGUGCAUUUUGAAGAAUUCAACACGACUGCAGUAGUAUUUUUGAAAAGUCCGGACAAUGCAAACCAAAUAUUUGCUUGGAAUUAUGUUGUCGUCUCAAGUCUUAUAAUAACGUGUGUUCUUAUUAAUGGGUGUGCUUUGAAAUGUCUACUAUAUGUAGCAAAAAUAAAAAAUGGAAAAUGGAAAAGGAAUGAAUAUGUAAUUUCUAAUUUCGUUGUGGAUUGAAAAACAGUUUGUAUAUUUCUGUUGAAAAUAUUAAGGCUUGUGCUUAAA